UUCUCCUCGAUCUCUGCUCCCUCCUUAUCACCCUCACCCUGUCUGAGUUGGUUAGUUUCCGAAAUCGAAAUUCCAGAGAGAACCAAAGUCUCUCUCGCCUCCAGAGAAGCGACGACGUCGUUUUGGUCCCUCCCCGUACAGACAUGGCCUUCGUUUCCACCGUCGGGAGACUCCUCUUCGCCUCCGUCUUCCUUCUCUCUGCUUGGCAAGAGUUUGAUGAGUAUGGCUCUAAUGGUGGACCGGCGGCCAAGUUCUUGAGGCCGAAGCUCGAUGUUUUCUCCGGCCAUCUGCUGGCUCAUACCGGUGUGGAGCUGCCCAAGCAACUCGAGAUUAAGCAUUUGGUGGCGGCAGCGAUUGUGUUGAAGGGUGUUGGAGGUCUGCUAUUUGUCUUUGGGAGCUCUUUUGGAGCUGUUAUGCUGCUUCUGCAUCAGGCUAUUGCAACUCCUAUAUUGUAUGACUUCUACAACUAUGAUGCCGAGAAGAAGGAAUUUUAUGAACUCUUUUCAAAGUUUACCCAGAAUUUGGCAUUGUUUGGGGCUCUGCUCUUUUUCAUAAGCAUGAAGAUAUCAAUGCCAAAGAAGCAGCUCAGGAAAAGAACUCCCAAAGCGAAAACUACAUGAGGAAUGAGGAGCGACCUUGGACGAUGUAAGGGUUUAGUUUCUGACUGCACCUGACUUUUCACAAGGAACUAGUUUUGCAUGCCUUUACUCUGUAUCUGGUUUUUCUUUUCAAAAGUUCUAGGAAAAAAAUUAGGGAAAGAUGGCUUAUUGUGUAUUUUGAGGGGCUGAUGUUUUAUUUCCUUUUGAGCCAGUUUGCGAACCUCAGAAAGAUACAGUAUUUAUUAAUACUACGCCUUGUAUGAGUUGUUUAGUUCAACUACUUUCCAUUCUUGUUGCA